GGGGGGUUGAAACUCGAUGAUCAUUGUGGUCCUUUUCGACGCAGGCCAUUCUAUGAUUCUAUUGGGGAAUGCGUUGUGUACCUUCACUUUCCCUUUACAGCACGGUAAUUCUAGCUACCUUGACAUCCUGUAAGGCGGUUGAAUGCAGCUGUGUCCAUAGUUAGGCAUCAACGAUGUUUUAGGCACUUAUGUACAAAAUAAGCAACCUUUUUGGGCUCCCCCCAAUUGCUGUUGUAAAUAUAACCACCAUUUCAGAGUACGUGAGCUGGGUGCAGUGAGAGGAAGAAGUUGUAAGUGCGUGAGAUGAUCUGAAUGAUGAGGAGUAAAAUAGCAGGGCGUAUAGGUACCUAGGGGAGUGCAUGUGAAGGAGGAGUAGCGUCUUCCUGCAGUAAAGAGAAAGAGAGAUGGAAAAGAUAAGCAGAGGAACAGUAAAGAAGCAGAUGGCCCAAAGAAAGUAAUAUGAGCUGUGGUGAAUAUAUUGACUAGAAGAGUGUCUGGAGAAAGGAUGCAGAACAGGUGUCUGUGCAAACAGUGCAAAGUUCUCUGAUCUAGAAUAAGAGAACAGAAGAGGCAUCGUACAGCUAGAACCCUUUACGACUUUCUUCCUUUUUGGAAUAACAAAAUCAAAACUUACUAGCAAGACACCAGUGAUAUAUUCGAAAUGUUGCCUAGGAAUAUGUAGGUCAGUAAAGAAAAGAUAUUAAAAUGCUGCAGUUGUUCUUUGGAGCCGCUUCCAUUACGGUUGUGUAUAUGAAAUAACCAAGCCCAUGAGGCGUGAUGCAGUUAUUCUAGGGCUUCCUUCUCUCCCUGGAAACGCAGUUUCAAUAUUACCUAUUAUGUUGGUAGACUUUUUUCCGAGGUAUCCUUUUCUGUUCUCGUUACUGGUCUUGGGUACUUAGAGGAAGUCUGCUUCCAUUAUCUAUUUAAGAGCUGUUUUUUCUGCCCAGCUAAUGAUUCUUUAAGAAAUUGUUACUGAGCUUUCAGGAGACAUCCUGGGCAAUAUAUAUUUAGCAAGCGCAGCAGUAACACGAGCUGAUCUGUUUCCUGGCUCUGUUGGAGGGCAUCGUGUUGGGGUUAGGCAUGGAGUUCCUGCGCCAUUGGAAGAAAUGGAGUUACGGAGAGACCCCUUUGUAAGCAGAGGAGCGCUGGUGUUGGCUCAUCCGUGUAUGAGCACAUGCUUUGAUGUAACUGCUCUCUGUGCCAACUGUAGCACAUGUAGACUUCUCAAGAUAGGACGACUGUGAGACCUUGGUCAAAAUGCUGUGUUUCUCAUCUGUGGAAAGGGAAGAUGGCAAGCAAUGGGAUGAGUUCUGACCUUAGCUAUGAAGGAUGCAGGGGGAAGUCAUCACAAGGUCUCUGUUUCUCCUGUCGUCCAUGUCCGAGGGCUGUGUGAAUCAGUUGUGGAGGCAGAUCUUGUGGAAGCUCUGGAAAAGUUUGGAACCAUAUGUUAUGUCAUGAUGAUGCCGUUUAAACGUCAGGCUCUGGUAGAGUUUGAAAAAGUAGAAAGUGCCAAGAAAUGUGUGACAUUUGCAGCAGAUGAACCUGUGUACAUUGCGGGACAGCAAGCUUUUUUCAACUAUUCGACAAGUAAAAGGAUUACUCGGCCGGGGAACACUGAUGACCCAUCCGGUGGAAAUAAAGUUCUCCUGUUGUCAAUCCAGAAUCCUCUCUACCCAAUUACAGUGGAUGUCUUGUAUACUGUGUGCAACCCUGUUGGAAAAGUUCAGCGCAUUGUUAUAUUCAAGAGGAAUGGAAUACAAGCUAUGGUUGAGUUUGAAUCAGUUUUUUGUGCCCAGAAGGCGAAGGCAGCACUCAAUGGAGCAGAUAUCUAUGCAGGAUGCUGUACACUAAAAAUUGAAUACGCAAGGCCAACUCGACUUAAUGUCAUUAGAAACGACAACGAUAGUUGGGACUACACUAAGCCGUAUCUGGGCCGACGAGACAGAGGGAAGGGACGCCAGAGGCAAGCUAUUUUGGGAGAGCACCCAUCGUCAUUUAGACAUGAUGGUUAUGGUUCACACGGUCCUUUGUUGCCAUUACCAAGUCGCUACCGAAUGGGAUCUCGGGACACUCCCGAACUUGUUGCUUAUCCAUUGCCCCAGGCAUCCUCCUCAUACAUGCAUGGUGGAAAUCCUUCUGGAUCAGUUGUCAUGGUUAGUGGGUUGCAUCAGCUGAAGAUGAACUGUUCAAGGGUCUUCAACCUUUUCUGCUUGUAUGGAAACAUUGAGAAGGUGAAAUUUAUGAAGACUAUUCCAGGCACAGCACUGGUUGAAAUGGGUGAUGAAUAUGCUGUAGAAAGAGCUGUCACACAUCUCAACAAUGUCAAGUUAUUUGGAAAGAGGCUUAAUGUCUGUGUUUCUAAGCAGCAUUCAGUAGUUCCAAGCCAGAUAUUUGAGCUGGAGGAUGGCACGAGUAGCUAUAAGGAUUUUGCAAUGAGUAAGAAUAAUCGGUUCACCAGUGCUGGCCAAGCAUCUAAGAACAUCAUCCAACCACCCUCUUGUGUGCUGCAUUAUUAUAAUGUUCCCCUGUGUGUAACUGAAGAAACAUUUGUGAAGCUAUGUGAGGAUCAUGAAGUUCUCAGCUUUAUUAAAUACAAAGUGUUUGAUCCAAAACCCUCUGCCAAAACACUCUCUGGCCUGCUGGAAUGGGAAUGUAAGACAGAUGCUGUGGAAGCUCUCACUGUACUUAAUCACUACCAGAUAAGAGUCCCAAAUGGCUCUAACCCUUAUACCUUGAAGCUUUGCUUCUCUACUUCAUCACAUUUAUAGAGAAGAGGACUGCAUGUUAAGAUCUACAUUCACCUUGAUUUGCAAGUUUGAAACUACACUUCGUUCACAAAGCUCUAAAGUGGUUGCUCUAACGUUGCCUUGUUUCAACUUAAUUCUAAUAUCUUUUAUCUUGUUUUAUAAUAAAUGGAUGUUCAUUCUUAAAUACAAAACAGAUUUUUCUUUUUGCCUCUAAGAAGUACAUGUUGUAAGCUUACUACAAAGUUUGUAUUUUGUUGGUGUAGUAUCUUUAGAUGUCUAAAGAAAAUCCAGUAGCGUAAACAAGGCAGUGUACCAUUCAGACUUCAAAAUGUCAGUUGUUUUCUUCCAAAAUAGAAAUAUAUUUGCAUUUUCGAUAAUGUUAAAGCUUAGCAAGUAUUUUUCAGUUGUAGUCUUAAUGGGCAGAUAGAACUGUUACAUCAGAAUUUUAAAUGUAGAACCUGUUUUUCAGUAUGUUAAGUAGUGAAGUAUGUUGCAAUUCUAAAAAUCUUGUAUUUAUAAAAUGCUUUCAUCAGGUUAAUGUUGCACAUACAGAACUUUUAAUAGUAUGGACUUACUUGAUUUAUAGUUUUUAAAAAAAGCUAACAUAGAAAAUUAUUACAUAUACAUAUGUAUGGUGUGAAUUCAUACUUAUUUAAAGUGUUGUUUUUAAAAAACAAACAAACCUACUUUCCGUUUGCAUUAGCAUGAUGCCAUCUAUAACUAGUCCCACCAUAGGGGCCUUUUUAAAAUUAAAAUUGCAAGCCUGUAUUGAUGUGUUCAUCCUCAUUUUCCAUAACUUUAAAUUGAAAUCUUUGGUGUUAACAUAUCUUCUUGAUAUCUUUUAAAAUAGUUAUUCUGACUUAUUAAACUUAAAGUUGGUUAGUUGAGAAUGGAAGAUCGAUCACAGUAGAAACCAAGGUGGUGGAAAAAAGUUAAAACAAAAAACAAGCCUACGGUACUCUUCUGCCUGCAUUGUUAAUUUUAUGUACACUGGAUGUUUAUGUCAAUGUUUUCUUUUGUCUGUUAUCUCUUAUUUCUAUUAUGAUGAUGAAAGGAUACAUAGGGUGAAUGGAAUGGCUAGCUUCUCACUUGAACUGCUGUGAUGUAGGUGGGGUUCAGGUAGGACAACUCUAUCAUAUGAUGUGAAACUAAUGAGAUGAGAGAUCUUUCACUCUGGGGAAGAUUUGUGUUGUACCAGCACUUUGGAGCCUCUGUUUUCUCUUCUAGAACUGGAGGUUCAUUGUGUUUGGGCCCAACCCUCAGGAAUGGGAAUCCAAGCAGGGAGUCUGGGAGCUGUUAUUGUAGGCCUGAUGUUUGUUCCCCUUUAUAAAAUUGGCAGCGGUUAGUGCUCUUUGAGUUUUGCUCUUAGUGAUCAAAGAGAAAUGGUUUCAUCAUGUAUUUUCUUUUAUCACAAAAGUUUCUCAUUCUAUCUUUAUGGGUUUUAUCUGUAUCCGUACAAGGUAUAUUAAUGUGGUAUGCUUGCCCUCAAGAGUACAUUGCGUUCUGUUUACAGACUGUGGGCACUGCACGUGUUUUUAAAUACAGACUAGAUUUUCCUCAUUCUUAAUUUGAAGACAAAUACACGUAAUUAUACCAGGGAAAAUGUGUCAACUCUCCUUCGGGUUUUCUCAUCAACUAUAAUUGAUUUUCAUCCUGUCUACCUCCAUUUUAUUCAUCGUUCAGAUAACGAGUAUUUCAUGAAUUCAGAACAGGCUUUUAACGUAUUUGAACUGGGAGAUGGAGGACAGCGGCUGCUUAGCGCCUCUUCCUGCAUAGAGUUUGGAAUAAUACUGCCUUCCCAUAUGGAAGAUGGCAAACUGGUUUGCAUUUUAGGGGCACUGCUAGCAUUCUUUCGGCCUUGGUGUUCCCCACCCAGAAACAAUUUUCAGUGAGCUCUAGCCUGGAAGGCUGGGUGCCAGAUCCAGCUACUUGCCAACACAACUGCUGGGUACUAGUGAAAUGUUCUGUGCUGCAUUGUUUUUUAACUGUAAAAGGUCUCUCUGUCAUUAAUUUAUCAUACAUCAGAAUGUUCUGCGGUUACCAGUUUCUUUUGUCAUAAAUUGCAAUGCUUUGUUUCAGAAUCAAAUUGUUUAUGUUUGAACGUUGAAAAUAGCAUGUUAUCUGUUGGACCACUUUGGGAUGUAGGAAGUGACCCUAAAAGCAUUCAAGUUUCUAAAAAAAAAAAAAAAAAAAGAAAAAAAGAAAAGAAAAAAAAAAAAGAAAGAAAAAAGCACUUUAAUGUUUCCAUGUCCUCCAUGGAUCCCAACAUUCAGUGCCUAAGAUGCUCAGGGGAAUGGUAUCUUUCUUGUGGCUGCUCAAAUCAGUCAGCGGACAGCGUAGUUCUAGGUGAUAUCAGCUGGAAGUCUCUAUUUUGCAAAUGAGUAGCCUGUGAUGUGGGGAAGAAAAGAAACUAAGGAACUGUUCAACAUUCUUUCUAUGUAAAAUAAUAGUCUUCUUCAUGUAAAAGUUGAGAACAUGGAAAAUUCCUUGUUGGUGUUUGGCUGUAGAAGAAAAUAGUCAUUUUCUGUCCCUACAGGGCUGGCUAGUUGUUCUCAGGGAGGAAUGAGGUUGGUCUCCUCCUUCCAGAAAUAAGGUCUGUAUUCACGUGUAAUUGUGCUCUUUAGGAUAGAGACAAAGCAGUGGAGCAAGAGUUUCUCCAGCAGGAAAGAAGUUUGUAAUUUGUCAGCCUCCCGCUUCACAGAUUUGUUAGAUCAAAAUUAAAGUAUUAAGGUGUCUCAAUGCAAUUUUUCUGUCCCUUUUGCAUAAGCCAUAUACGCAAAAUAGUGAACAACACUAUGCACGUUUCCUGCUUGCAAGCAGCUUGCAUUCACACUGUAAUAUAUUCACAUCUGUUCCAAUGUUUUAAGAAAAGUUAUAUUUUCUAAUCAAUAACCUUUCAUUGGAAGUAAAUGAUAUACUGGGAGAUCAGUUCAUCUUCUCUCACCAUACUCAUAUUUUUGUUUUAACUUAUUUCCCCUUACAAGUAGGAACUGGGAAGAGUUGCUUUUUGAUUUUCUAUACCACCGCAGCAAGAUAGAGUGCUAAGGUGAUAUAAGAAAAGAUUUAAAAGAGAACGUUCAGGAAAUGUUUGAGUGUUUUACUUCAUGAAAGGAGUUAUGAAACUUAAUAUGUUGUCACUAAGUCUGUCUUUGAGUAAGGGAUAAUACUGGGUGAGCUGGUUUGUAACUGGCUGAAACCCUCUUUGUUGUAAUUAAAUUUAACUUGCUCCUUUU